AUGAGCGAUCCAAGGGCAAGGGUGCCUAGAACGCUUCGUAGAGGAAACGAAGAAGGCUACACUCCUAAGUUAAUUUCUAUUGGUCCUUUUCACCAUGGCAAACCAGAAUUAACUGACAUGAAAGAGAAGAAGAAACUAUAUAUGAAAAAUUUUCUUCAACGAGAGGAAAUAAACGAGAUUCUAAGUUUUAUCAAGGACUAUGAAAAAACCAUCCGUGCUUGUUACGCAGAAGCAUUUAGACUUCAGAGUAUUGAGUUUGUAAUGAUGAUCCUGUAUGAUUCUAUCUUCAUCAUAGAAAUCUUCAUAAGGGAGCAACUUGAUGUUAGAAGUGACAUAUCACUAGUUACAAUUUCACUAUGCACAGACUUGCAGUUAUUUGAAAAUCAACUUCCAUACUUUGUCCUUGAGCAAAUAUACAUGUUAGCUUUCACUUCCACUGACAUGCCUUUUACCUUCAAGCAGCUUUCCUAUCGCUUCUUUUCGGCAUUUACAUGUGUGGAGUUAACUGCUUUAUCCCUCGAAGUUAAACAUUUCACAGAUUGGAAAAGAAUCAAUCUACUCAAAAGCUCCCUAGAAACAAGCUCCCUAGAAACAGUGUCAGACAACAAAUGGAUUCAUGAUUUACCUUGUGCAGUGAAGCUACAUGAGUCAGGUGUAAAGUUUAAGAAAAUUCAUAUUGGAGGAGAACAGAGUUUAUUUGAUAUAAAAUUUGACAAGCGAAAGCAACUGAUCCCAUUUUUUGAAGUCCAUGAAUUGCAGAUGCCACAGCUGCUAGUAGAUGAGGGGACCCAACGUCUAUUCGAAAACAUCAUUGCUUUGGAGCAGUGUCUUUACCCAGAGGAUACUCAAGUUUGCAAUUAUGUUGAACUGAUGACCUAUCUUAUCAACACUAAAGAGGACAUGGAUUUGCUUGUUGAAAAAGAAAUUAUUUCCAAUAAAUUGGGGGAUAAUGUUUUAGUGGCAAAUAUGUUUAACAAACUUAAUGUACUUCAAAGACCAUCGUCAUACUAUCACGUAUACGCCCAGCUAAAAAGGCACUACGACAACCCAUGGAACAGAGUCAAGGUAAAUUUGAAAAUAGGAACUUUGAAAAGAGUGUAUUUCAACAAUCCAUGGAGAGGUGCAGCAACUAUUGCGGCAAUAAUACUCUUGCUUCUAACUAUAGUACAAACUGUAUGUUCUAUUUUACAAAUUGUGUAAUUUUAAUUGAUUCUUGUAUUAAACCUAGAAUCUACUUGUGUUAGUGUAAUUUUCAGUUUCAAGCUUCUUGUAUUAAUAAUAAUAAAAAAAUUU